AUGAUGGAGGCCUCUGAUCUCCAACUCCAACAUAACACAACCUCAACAACAGAUCACGGCGGGCAGGCAUUCGUCUUCAUUUACAUCCAGCUCCAUCUCCUUCUGCUUCUGCUUCUGCUUCUGCUUCUGCGUCUUCUUUCCGCCUCCGUCGCCGUCUCCAUCGCCGUCCCCGUCCCCUUCUCCUUCUCAGCCCCGACCUCUACGAGCAGCAGAUCCACUGACAACUACGGAUUUCUUAUACGUUUGAACAGCUGGCUGAUAAGCUGGUCUAUUUCUCGCAGGAUUGCGAAGAAGCGUCUCACGGCUGGUCCCACCCCCACGGUGCUUACGACUCGAACUACACAGCCGUCCACAGCGGAAGACACGCUCCAGAGAGAGCCCCCGACCUUCAUCAUUCCUCCCUCACCCUCCCCCACCGCCAAACUGUCUUCCCCAAUCUUCCUCCCUCGUACCGUCUCCUACGACGCAACCUCGAAGCCUCCACGUCCGAGCGGUCCGUACAGAGCAAUGAGCGAACAAAAGGUCGGCAGAAGGCGGCGGUCCAGCAGUCUUCUAUACCAGGAACCGCCAGAGACGAUGGAGCAUAUGAGUGACCAGGCAGCUCUGCCGAACCAGAAUGCCAAUUGGGUAAACGCAAAGGGUGCUUGGACAAUACACCUAGUGAUCAUCGUUUCGCUCAAAGUUCUUUUCGACAUAAUUCCUGGAGUAUCGCAAGAGACAUCCUGGACAUUGACCAACAUUUCUUACAUGUUUGGCUCAUUCCUCAUGUUUCACUGGGUUCGGGGUGUCCCCUUCGAGUUCAACGCUGGCGCGUACGACAAUCUCAACAUGUGGGAGCAAAUUGACAAUGGAGCCCAGUACACUCCUGCGAAAAAGUUCCUCCUCAGUGUUCCGAUUGUGCUAUUUCUCCUGAGCACUCAUUAUACCCAUUAUGAUCUCACGUAUUUCACCAUCAACUUUCUGGCUGUACUGGGGGUCGUGAUACCAAAACUACCAUACAGUCACCGCACGAGGGUAGGCUUGUUCUCUGGGGCGCCAGAAGAUAGAUAG